UACUCACUGUGUGUAUAGAAUGCAAAUUAACAAUAUAUAACGUAUUGUGUUGUUAGCCUGUAAUUAACACAUGCUUGUUAAUAACUUUACGGAACAACCAUACGUUCGUUUAUGUGAUGAAAGUUUAAUUCUUUUUCUAUGUACUAAAACAUGGAUCAAAGUAGGAAGGGUGUCCGGAAUGCAUUAAGCGCAAGCGCAUGCACCCCGAUCUAUUUCCGGGCGCAGGCGUCGGCUGUGUACAUGUAGACGCCGUUCAUUUUAAACCAAAACAUGCGCGAGCUCGGCCGCGGGGGCUCACUCGUAGCUGCCACCAUUGCGGCGUUACACAAUCGAACUGCGAUCGACGGAAAGCCUGGAACAGUUAAUUCGCGCUCGAUCUCCGUAGAGAGCAGAAAUGUUGUGCGAUCCGUGACCAAAGAAAAGUUUCACGACGAUAUUUCACGGCGUGCGUCCGGCGGAAGCGAGCGCCCCUUGUCCACCGCGUCGGAAGCCUCAGAACGCGAUUCAGCUUCCGUUCAGUCCAGCGAGGAGCCGCCCCCACACGAGAGCGGAGAUUCGGAUAGCCCUGAUGAAGCGACCGUGAAAUGUACAGUUUGGACCGACGGAGCUGUUCCAGCGAGGGCGGAGUCUUCCGACUCCGACUCGAGUUCAUCGAGUGAGGAUGACACCGACGAGAAAGAGUAUGAAAUCCGUGGCGGCGAUGCUGACUAUCGAACAUUAACACCGAGCAGACGAUUAGAUAAUUCUACAAGAAGAGAUGAUAACUUUAAAUGGCUACAACCCGGAGAACUCAUAGAUGAGACAGUAGAGCAAAUGGACUCUAGAACUGAAGAAUAUUCUGCAGCUAGUUUAGAUAGACGAAGGCGUCCACACUCGGACCGCAGUGAUCGCGAUCGUAAAUCCCGCUCAUCACUGUCAGGAAAGCCGCCACAGCAUCCGUCUGCUAGUGUUCGGGCUUCCCCACGUCCGCGUCGACCUCGAAAUGAAGAAACUCCACCUGAAUUGCAGAGGCGUUGGAACUCAUAUGAGCAUUUUCGAUGGCCUGAAGGAGGAUGGUGGCCGCCCAUGUGCUGGUGUCACGGACCUCCAGCGCCUCCACCGUGCUGUAUGCAUGAUCGAUCUUGGCCCUCACACCCUUCAUUGCCUUCGGUACCUGCACGACCUUUUAAGAAUGAUGCAGAGGAUCGAGUGCGGCGGCUUGAAGCCGACAAAGAGAACCUUCAGCUGCAGGUUCAGGUGUUAUCUGAACAGAUCGCGGCCCAGAGUGAAAAGAUGGGAGAUCUGGAAAGGUCGUUGCACGAUGCCCGCCAGAGGUUGGAUGACGCUGAUCAAAGGCUACAGAAGGAAAUGUUACAACGCUCCUCUCUUGAAACUCAAAAGCUAGAGCUCUUGUCAAAAUUGAGCGAGGUACGUCUACGCGUUGCUGAGCGAGGGCUUCUAGAACGUUCUCCGCCGCCUGAUGCUGCACCCAUGCCUCUUGUGAGACCAGCACCUCCCAGGACACCGCCUGCGAACUACGGACGUCAAAUCGAGCGCAACACUCACAUGUAUUCGUCGUUGCCGCGCUCGUCGGUGGUAACGUCAGAGGCGCGCGUCGCGUUCGGUAAACAGAACAACAUGGUGGUGGCGCGCGGAUACGGACGCUCUGUGCCGAACCUAGCGGAGAAGGAUGAGGCGAUAGAUCGCGGAAGCCCGUCGCCGUCACUGCGCGAAGUGCGUGCGCGACUCGGAUCCGCUCGUCUCGAGGGCGAUGAUCUCGCACGUCGCUCUCAACAGCGCAGCAGUACCCGCACUACACUGCAUGCACCUACUGUCCACGUCCGCCCCGCGCCAUGGCAAACCAUAGACGUGCGUGAGUGGGAUUGUGAAAUGACAUGCGGGUGGCUGGAGAGCAUGGAUAUGGAGGCGUACAUACCGGCUGCUCGCACUUGGCUCGGUGCCACGCCGUCAGCUCGCGGCGUUCUCGCCGCAGCUUCGCACAACACCAUUGAGAAGGAGCUAGUCAUAAAGCAUCCCAUGCACAAAAAGAAAAUCGUCCUCGCCCUUAUUGAUUUAAUGGGCGGCGAGAGCGACCCGUGGCUGUCGGCGGCGGGGCGGCUGGACUGCGCGUGGGCGCUGCGCUGGCUGGAGGACGUGGGCGUGUGCGGCGCGCGCGCGGCCGCCGCCGAGUGCGCGCUGGACGGCCGCCUGCUGCACCGCCUCGCGCACCACGACCUGCACGCGCACCUGCGCGUCGCGCACGCGCUCCACGCGCUCGCCGUGCGCAGGGGAAUCCAAGUCUUGCGAGACAACAAGUUUAAUCCUGACACGAUGAUCCGUCGGGGGGCGGAGGGCGAGACGGUGGGCGCGGGCGCCGACGGCAGCGAGGGCUCCGACGGCGGGCCGGGCGUGGCGCCCGGGGAGUUGGCCCGCUGGUCCUCGCACCGCGUCAUGCAGUGGCUCAAGGAGAUAGACCUCGCAGAGUACGCGCCCAACCUGCGCGGAGCCGGUGUCCACGGUGGUCUAAUGUUAUUAGAACCACGCUUUACGGCCGAACUUCUAGCGGCACUGCUAAAUAUUCCAGCUAGCAAAACUCUUUUACGGCGACAUCUCACACAACGGUUUAACGAGUUACUGGGUCGAGAUGUUAUACAGCAGAAAAGAAACGCAGAGCAGACACUAGGCUACCAACCUCUCACUGCAACCACCAAAUAUAAGGUACCAAAGAAGAGUCAGUUUUCGCUGAAACGGAAAAAGAGUAAAGACGAAAUGGACAUGGGUGAGCUGGUGUGUCCGUUCCACGACGACGGCUCAGGUGACGUGCCAACCUCACCAACGAUGAGAGUAAAGUCAGCAGCAGUGGGCGUCGCGUCGGCUGUCUCUCCCCCGCGUGACGACGCGCGAGCACAUUAGCUCACUUGCACUACAAUGCGCUAGCUCACUCGCAUACUAGGGCGCUAAUUUACUAGGUUUCUAGCGCAAUAGUGUACUAGCUCACUAGUCUAUCAGCGUCACUUGAAUGCACUUAGCUGGCGUCGGUAAUGUCCAAAUGGUGUCUUAACGACACAAUGUUUGCCUUGGAUUACUUGUUAUUAAUUUUUCAUGUUCGUGAUAAAAAAAUAAUCAUACUAAUUCAAGUUUCAAUAAUCUUUUCAUUAAGAAAAUCAAAUUAAUAUGUAUGAAAUCUUUCAUGAAAUAGAGUUUUAAUUUACGUAUAUUGGUGCUACAGUUAAAUUUGGCGGCACGGAAGUAUUUUGAUAGUUUUCAAGCUGUUUGAACAAAUGUCCAAGGUAUGAUAAGUAUACAAUAAUAUUGUUAUUGAAUUAAGUAUUUAACAAUGUAUAAUUUAAAAUCUAACUGCCAAAUCAUGAGUUCUAUCAGUUUAGUUGAUAAUUUAUAAAGUUUAAAGGAUUAGAUUUUAUUUAAUAAAAAAUAUAUUUAAUAUUAAGUAUAAGUCUAUCACUGAGAGUUAAAAUCGUAAUAACUUUCUAUUUAUUAAUGAACGAUUAAUGAAAAAAAUAAGUUGUCAUAAAGCAAUAGACAUUCCAAUGUUUUCUAUCAAUAUAAAAGUUACAAAUAUUCAUUAUUAAAAAUAUAUUUGAUGAUAUACAAUGCAUAGAUUUGUAAUAUUAUAUUAUUAUCACAAUAGAUUACAGUAUAGAACUUCGUUAAAGGUUUUAAAAAGGUACUUAUCUGUGUUAUAAACAUCUUAUAUUUAUACGUAGCUUGGUAGAACACGACUGAAAGAUGACAAUAUAAUCCUGGUCUCUUUUCUAUUUACUACAAAUAAUUUCCUGUAGAUUUAAGAGUUGAUCGAUGUGAAGAACAACGUGUGUGGUUUAUGAAUAUUCUUGUUAGUGUUUGAGACGUAUUAAUAAAGUUUAUUAAUUUAAGGGUGUUUCACACAAGAACCAAUGUCGUGCUGUAUUAUUAUGUAACGAUCAGUAUUCACACAAACAUACUCUCGCUUCUUUGUAUUUAUACUGACAAGGUCUUUUGAAUCUUAUUGCCGUUUUUUGUAGUUUCCUAAUUUAACAGUGGAACUGAUUUUUUGAUAUACCUAUUAUCUAAUUGUCGCACAAUGUUAACACAUAGGUAUCAAUUUUUUACAUUUUAUAAAAUUUUAUAGAACACAAAUUAGUAUUACCCAUAGGCCUGUUCCUAACACGUUGUGCCAAAUAUACAUAUAAUGCCCUUUAACAAUGGACCCUUGUCUUCCAUAGUGAUGUAAUUCUUAAUAAUAUGUAUACUCGAAAAGUAUUAAAUGGUGUAUAUCAUUAGAACAAGAAGAUCAUUUGUACAAUAAUAUAUUAAAUAAUUUUUACAAUAACUUAAAGUCAUAAAAUGUAAAAGUUAAUAAAUACUGAA